AAUCCAGCAACGCUCCGAGUUAUAUCUCAUUCGUAAAUCGCGCGUAUAAACUCGAUUAGGGGCCUCUGCUGAUUGUGACUGGGAUUCCGGCUGUGACAGUGACGACAACUUUCAACCAUGUACAUAAUUGGCUUACUGAUGCUUCUCCAUGUCGGCCUCCAAGGCGUCCAGUGUGUUGCGUUCUACACAGAAAAACCCUCCUAUAUUGAAUCGUGUCGAAUUUAUGAACCGGAGUUUACGAAGUGCUCAACACGAUCUAUACAGGCCUUCAUGAACCAGCUUGUCAAAGGAGUACCUGAGUUAGAAGAAUCCUUUGGCCCCAUUGACCCCAUGCGACAGGAUCAGCUGGUCUUCAAGCAGGACAACAGCGAUGUGGCCACCAUUUCGGCAAAUCUCACCAACAUGCUGAUCAGCGGCUUUGGCAAAAUGGUGAUCAAGGAGAGCAAGGUCAGCAAGAAGGACUUCAGUUGGCUGACGAAGAUCUUCCUGCCCAAGAUGCGAAUGGAUGGCCAUUACAAAAUGUUGGGCCGCAUUUUGCUGGUGCCUUUGCAAGGGUCCGGAAAAAUCGUCAUGGAAAUCGAUGAUCUGGACAUACUGAUGAGCACCAAGACUCGCCUAUACGAAAAGGGUGGAUACACCUUCUAUAACGUGACUUCUGUGAAGGUUAAGUUGGAGGUCGGCAAAGUGCGGACCAGAAUGGAUAACCUAUUUAACGGGCACAGUAAAGAGGUGGAACAGAGCACUAAUCAAUUUUUUAACGACAAUUGGAAGGAUGUUUUUGAGGCAUUACGUCCACUAGUGGAUGAAACCGUUGAACGAACACUACUGGAUCUUCUCCACAAGACAUUUUCUCUGUUUCCAGCCAGCUUCUUUGUAGAGGAUAUACCCACCUCCUUGGCCUUGUAUGGUCGCAAAUCACACAUGAUUACGUAGAAGGUGUUAUAAUUUUCUUACUGAAGGAAUAAUAUCUAAAAAAUAUUAUUCCUAAUAUCUAAAAAAUAUUAUUCCUACCUUAACAAAAGUUUUUCCCGGAACUCUUUAAAUUGAGAUUUAUUUUUUAUAAAUAUUUAACGUUGCCAUUUCUCUCUGCCAAUGUCGCAAAAUUUUUAUUUCGUUAAAUCAUUUCAACAUU